AUGAAUCCAGCCACCGGUCGUUUGCACUCAACUGAAGAGGAGGAUAAUCUCCAACGAAGCGUGAAAAAGAGUAAGGGAGGCGAUGGCAAGUUCUCCAAAAGUAAUUCAGAAGAUAAGGAACCUCCUACAGAAGACCUAAUUUUGGAGGACCAACCAGAAACACCAGAAGUGGUUAGGGAAGAGGAUGCGGAUGGUAAAGUGAAUUUCAAAUUGUCAGACUCCUUCAAGAAGAAAGCCUGGAAGCCUUGGCAUCAGUCCUUUUUCGUGAAAUUGAUGGGGAAAAAAGUCUCUCUUGCCUUUAUGAAGAAGAAGAUGGAGAAUUUGUGGGCACGGCAAUGUAAGGUCCAUGGGUCAAUUUUUGAUCAUUAUCUAGCCAUUAGGUCUUGGGAACCUGAUUUCCAUCCCUAUCAGGCCUCUAUUUCUCGUAUUAUGGCCUGGGUGAGACUACCUGAAUUUCCAAUAGAAUAUGUUAAUACUUCAUUGAUUAAGAAUAUUGGGAAUUGGCUGGGAAAGUUCGUGAGAAUUGAUGCUGCCACUACUUCAUUAGCUAGAGGCCGUUUUGCAAGAAUGUGUGUGGAGUUAAAUCUGACUCAGCCUCUUCAAGUGGAGUAUAAGGUUGAGGGUAGAUUGAAAAAGGUAGAAUACGAGGGGCUGAAUCUCAUUUGUUACGGUUGUGGAAGAUAUGGUCACAGGUUGGAAAAUUGCCCAAAUAAAAUUUGUGGAGUUCCUGAUCAGACAAAUUCUGUAAUGGAAAAGGACUUGACUAGUCAGGAAACUGUUGUGGGAGAUGUUUCAGCUGCGGGUGUGGAAACUUCUAAAUUUGGCCCUUGGAUGCAGGUGUUGAAAGGGAGAAGGAAUAAAGGGAAUCAGGAUCAAAGAUCGGAUUUAAAGAAAGGGAAUAGGAAUAAGCCAGCUAUUCAGAUGCGAAAUUCAUUUACUAGUUUGAACAAUCAGAAUAUGCAGGCAGAGAAACAGGAUGAUACAGGGGGUGAGAACAUGAAUAAGGUGUCAAGUCUGAGGUCCCUUCAAUCCAAAGAUAAGAAGAAUGUGCCUGCUGCUGUUGAAAUGGUGGAAACUUCAUCACAAUUUAUCCUGGUGGGCAACCAAAUAGAAAACAGCAGUAUAACCCAGGAGCUGAAGAAGGGACAUCAUAGUCAGGAGUUAGUGAGUGAGAAAAUAUCUGAAAAGAAGAAUCAGUUGAGGUUGUCAAAGGAGAAUGGAGAAGCUAAUUGUGCUGAGAUGGUAAAUACUAACAGUACAGAAUAUCAUGGAAUGACUAAUAUGACCCCUGCCAUUCUGAAUCAUGAGUCUAAUGUUCAUGUUGUGAGAGGUGUGACUGGUCAACUGGAUCCUAAACCUCCUGACCCGAUGAUGGAGGAUUGUGAACAGGAUGCUGAUGCAAAAGAUAUGGAGGUUUUAGGUGCUAACGACAGCAACAUGUUGGGAGGGAAUGAAAAACAGGGAUUAGGGGCUGCUCGACGAGAGUUUGGUGAUGCCCUCAAAACUCUAGUUAAGAAGAAUAUGGUGGAUGUGGCUGUAGUGCUUGAACCUAGGACUCAAAGUGGGAUUUGUAAAAAUAUUAUGCAGAAAGUAGGAUUUGAAAGUUUUGUAGUGGAAGAAGCUCAAGGCUUUGCUGCAAUAUAUGUCAGUCCUUCCCAAAACAUCAGAAACAAUCUUUGGGAGGAUCUCAGGGCUCUUAGUAAUUCUAUAUCUGGUCCUUGGGUACUUGGAGGGGAUUUUAAUGAAAUUUCUUAUUCUCAUGAGAAGAAAGGAGGUACUAUAGCUGAUCCUGUGAAGUGUGCGAGAUUUGCUUCAGUGUUGGAAGACUGUAAGGUGGCUGAUAUGGGUUGUGAUGGCCCCUUCUUUACCUGGCAAGGUCCUAAGUGGACUAAUUUGAAGAGAGUUUACAAGCGGCUUGAUAGAGUUGUUGCUAAUGUAGAGUGGAGAAUGUUAUUUGAUGGAGCAAGAGUGUCUUCUCUGCCUAGACUCUUAUCAGAUCAUAAUCCAAUCCUUAUCAAGCUUUUUGAAGACCAGAGUAGUGAUAAAAAGAAGCCAUUUAGAUUCUUUGCUGCAUGGCAAGAACAUCAAAAUUUUGUUCAGUUUCUUAACUCAAAUUGGGAUCUGAAUUUUGACCUCCCUUAUAUGCUUCAUCGAUUGAUUCCUGAAAUCAAUGUGUGGAACAGAAGAGUCUUUGGUAAUAUUGAUAGGAAGAAAAAUUGGCUUAUCAAGAGGAUUGCUUAUAUUCAGGGUAGAAGGAAAGCUAAUGAUUCGGAUCACUUGCAUGCUAUGGAGAAAGAUUGUCAAUAG